AGCUUCGAGAUAGACCUCGUUAUACAAUCGUAACAACUCGGCCAUGGCCGAAAUGUUCCGAGCGAUUUAAAACUGUGCCCUAAAGCCUUGCAGGUGCCCUUCAUGUAUAUAUCGUUAUGUUUUGACAGAAUGAAAUGAAGAAAAGCCGUCAAAUUCAUAAUUAUAAGUUGGAUAAAAAAAAAUUAUGUACGGAACUAAUAUAAAAUAACAUUAUCUGACUGGUCAUGGAGGGACAGAAGCAGAACAAUCCGGAUCACCUGAAGAUAUCAACCCUCAGCCACCUGCCUCAGCCUUGGAACAGCCAUCCAGCUUUCUUGAAAUCAACCAUCAGGCAUCUGCCACAGCCCCAGAACAUAUCAACCCUAAUGUCUCAGUCUCAGAAGAGCCGUCUAGCUUGCUUGGAGACCUCAACCCUCAGGCAUCUGACUCAGACAUGUAAAAAAAAUGAUGAAAAUGACACUAUUUCUUGUUCAGCAAAAGUGGGGUUACACGCAAAAUUUGGUAUAAUUGGCAAAAUUAGUUGCUGAUUUUGGUGAUGAGGACUUUAAUGUACAGUCGCAGAACAAAACAACAUAUGCAUCCUCUACAUCAGCAACAGAAUUUGUGCAAUAUAUCAGUACUUUACAUUGAAAAUAAAACAUUGAAUAAUCUCUGGGAAAAGAAACUAACUUUAUUCUUGGAUGAGAGUACUGAUAAUUCUAAUCGAAGUCAGGCUUCACUGAUGGCUAGAUGGGUUGAUGAAGGGUGUGUUUUUGAGGAGUACCUUGGCCUAAAUGAACUGAAAGGGACCAAGGCGGCCGACUUCGAGGAAGCUGUCAGCCCACUUUCUCUGUAUGUCAGUUGCAGAAACCACAAACUAGCCCUAUGCUUUACACACCUUGUAAAAAACAAUGAAACAAUGACAGCAGUUGAGGAUCUCCUGAUAAGCAUAUGGAAACUUUUUACAUUUUCUGCAAAAAGGUCGGCUGUGUAUAAGAGCACACAACAAGUGUAUGACCAGGAGCCCUUGACGUCCAUUAGAGCUGCUGCCACAAGAUGGCUGUCCCACUUCAAGGCAUGCGAGAGUUUCAUUUCCCGGUACGAAAGUAUUCUCAACACGUUAGAUGCCUUAGAUAAGGAGCGUGCUGACGCAGAAGUUAGAGGGAUUUGUGAUAGGGCAACAAGUCAGAAGUUGGUUUACAUCAUUCUUCUGCUAAACGACCUGCUCAAACCAGUAGAAGUUCUGAACUUGUAUCUGCAAUCAGAUAAGGGCUUUUUUACAAACUUGAACGAAACGGUGCAGGCAUGUACAGAGUCCUUGGGUAUGCUGAUCACAGCAUACAGGAGUGGAAUGUAUGAUGGAUUAGAAUUCAGAUCUAGAAAGGUUAACCGAGUGACAUCAGUCUGAUGUUUAUGUGGAGCUACAGAAGGAUGAUGCUCUCAAGAUUUGCUUUUCAAGGGUAGCCGUCCUCUACGAGAUAGCACUCCUCAUCACACAGCCUACUGCUGCUGUAGAACGAUCAUUCAGUUGCAUGAAUGAUAUCUGUACCAAGCUAAGAACAUCCCCAGCCUCUUCACAGCUUGAUGCCCUCAUGCGAAUAAGUCUCACUAAGAGACAGCUAAGUGAUGAAGACUAUGAUGAAGUUAUUCACAUGUUUAAAAUUGCCAAGAACAGGGAACUGAUUCUGUGAAAACAGACAUGUUUUGCAUUGAAUCGGCAAUUACUAUUAAGUUUUAAAACUAAUAAUAAAUUAUCAAAUUCAA